AUUACCACCUGGUUAACACCAUAAAGUAUAAGAAAAUCAUAUAUAUUAUCCAUCUCUAUCUGUUUGUGCUGUAAAGGGUAAUAAUAAAACGUGUUUUAGCUGUUUCCAGAAGAACUGGCAUCAGACCGAUUGCGAUGUAGCUUUCCGUGAAAAAAGAGGUGUUGUAGGGGCGAUUGUUGCACUGGCUCCAAUAGUUUUUGAAGGGAUUAAACUGAUUUGCUCUUUUUUUUGUAAAAAAGACAGCCCCCCUCCGCCACCACCUAAGCCUCCAACGAUGACGUGUCCAGAUAUACCAACAGAAUAUUAUGUGGCCGCCGGGGAAGACAGUGCUGUUGUAUCCUGGACUGAACCAUCAGCUGUAAAUGGAGACGGACAGAGCAUACCGGUUAAAAGUUCGGGUGGCAUGAGUGGCUCAAGAUUUGAUCCUGGUCAACACACCAUUAUAUUUUCUGCCACAGAUGCUAAUGGAUAUCAAGUAAAUUGUUUCGUAAGAUUUGAAGUUAAAGUGAAGAUUUGUGCGUAUAUCCAAUUUCCUGAUCACGGUAGAAAAGAAUGUAAUACAUAUGUUGUACGAUCAGGAGGACACUGUACGUUUACAUGUAAUGCUGGUUACAAGUUAGUAGGACAGCCUAUAUUACAAUGUACUGAUGAUGAGACUUAUGACCACGAACCACCAACAUGCGAACCUGAAGAUUGUGGUACUUUGGCGACACCGGCUAAUGCUAAUCCAUUUGAGUGUCCAGAUGGUACCAACUAUCAAGAUACAUGUUCAUUAACCUGUGAUACUGGAUAUCGUCUUACUCUAGCAUCGUAUAGUAUAUGUAGAGCAGAUGGGCAGUGGCAGAAACCAUUACCGGAAUGUCAAGAUAAUUCUGCUCCUGUAUUUGACAACUGUCCACCGACCAUUACAGCUUACGCUGACCAAGGACAAACGUUUGCUACUGUUACUUGGCAAGAACCGACAGCUUCUGACAAUUCAGGACCAAUUGUACCCUCUCUGGAGCAAGGUCUACCUUCUGGAUCCGCUUUUGGAAUUGGAGCACACACCAUCAAAUAUGUCGCUAGAGAUUCAGACAGCAAUGAAGCCUAUUGUUUUUUUGCCAUAUCUGUUCAAAUGAUCCGAUGUAACAUACCUACCUAUGACGAUGACAACAUGGAUAUCAACUGUCCUGAAUAUAACUAUGGUGCACAGUGCACCAUUAGUUGUCGAUUCGGUUUGCCUCUAGAAGGACCAAAAGUCAUUACCUGUGAUAAAAAUGACACAAUACCUCCGAAGGGUUACUGGAACCAUGGGACGGGACCAGUUCCUCACUGCAAAGAAACCAAAUGUCCAAAGUUGAAUGCUCCUAUAAACGGAGCUCUGGCCUGUGCUGAUUGGCUAGUGGGAUCCUUCUGUAAUAUGAUGUGUAAUGAUAAGUUUGAUAUACCCAGAACUGUUACAUCAAGCCCAAACUUUCUGUGUAAUUGGAACAAAGGAACUUGGAGUACAACUGAUGUUCCAGACUGUACAGAAAGCAAACACCCAACACGGAUGGUAUUACCCUCAGAACUCUAUUAUUAUGGUGGUGACUGUUCAAGUGCUGCUUCCCAAGCGCAAAUCAAACAAAACUUCAUACAAUAUAUGACAACAUCCCAAUGGAAAGACCAAUGUCUUCAAGAUACAGAAUGUAAAAUAGAGAAUGUGAAAGUUGAAUGCGGUGCAACAACCAGACGAAAACGGUCACCGCAUCCUUGGUCAAGAGCAACACGAGUGAAACGCUCAACUGAACCAGGGACAGCUACCAUUUCCUGGAAAUUUGUCAUUGGAUUUGCUGUCGAUUCGAACUCCACGCUUGAAUCGUCCAGACAAACCCACGAUACAGCACUUAUGGAUAUGGCGUACAGUGUCGAAAGUGAUAUGAAAGCCGGCAAGUUAAACAACAUUGCUCCCGGUUUUACCCUUAAAGACCCUUCUAUGUUUAUUGAUUGGACAGAUUUUGAAUGUAAAUCCGGACAAGUUGCUAAAUACGCCACCGUUAGCUGCCAUGGAUGUCCAACAGGUACACGAUAUGAUGAUGUUAGUGAUGAUUGUGUUAAAUGUGAUAUAGGAACAUAUCAAGAUGUUGAUAGUUCUACUACAUGUAUACCGUGUCCUCCUGGUACAACCACAAUCACUACGGGUGCUAGAAAUAUCACUUACUGUAAAGGUAUUUGUUCUGCUGGAAGUGUAUCGCCAACUGGUGUUGAACCAUGUGCUGAAUGCCAUGCUGGUUAUUAUCAACCGGAUAAUGGUAAAAUUUCUUGUAUAGCUUGUCCAGUUGAUUCAUCCAGCAACCCGGGAGCCAGUUCUAUCACAGACUGUGCAGAAUAUGAUGUUCUUAUAGAAGGUGCCAACGAGCUGCAAACAACUAAGAUUGGCACUAAUAUUAGUGAUUUUACUCUAUUGCUAUGGUUUCAAAUCACCAAGGCUUCUGAUAAUGGUGUUUUAUUGUCGUUCAAUAAAGAAGAUCUUGGGGACCGCCUUGUGUUAUCUUUGGGAAACAAGUUGGUGGUUUCUGUUGCCGGGUCUCAGGAUUUCACGUUGCCUUUAUCCACUAAAUGGAACCAUGUUGCUGUUGUGUGGACUCAAAAUACCAAGCAAAUAUUAGUGUAUGUUGGUGGCACGUUACUACAAACUCAGAAUAUUUCAUCUAUUUCUUCCUUGUUAGUACCUCACGGUACCAAGUUGACCUUACAGGUUCAGUCAAAUGAUAGUAUACAGUUCCGAGCAUUAGAUAUUUUACAUGGUGGUAUCUCUUCUUCACAAAUCUCACAGCUAGCUGCCCAAUGUUCAUCCAUCGAGUCCGAAGCUAUAUUUAAUUUAAAAGGAAUUCAGACAUCUUUAAGUGGGAUUGAUCUUGUUCUACCCAGCACAUGUGAUGCAUUUGAUGAGUGUGAAAGUUCACCGUGUGGCAGACAUAUUUGUCAUAAUCUAGCAGGUGGGUUCCGUUGUGAAUGUCGUGACGGAUAUAAUGGUGCUACAUGUUCCCAGGCUCCAAACUAUUGUCAGCAAAAUUACUGUCUAAACGGUGCUACCUGUACGUACAAUAGUCCUUCCAACUAUUCUUGCCACUGUACUGAAGAUUUUAGAGGAUCGAGGUGUGAAAUCCCAAUUGUACACGGGGGAUGGAGUGCAUGGGAUCCAUGGGGGGAGUGUAGUGUUACAUGUGGAAGCGGCACUAUAUCACAUACUCGUACUUGUGAUAACCCACCACCAGAUGCUUAUGGUAAAAACUGUGAAGGUUCCAAUAAAAAUAUUGAUAUUUGUCACAGACCUCCAUGCCCUGUAUGUUCAACAGAUGAUAUCCUUUUGGCACCAUACGUAAGUAUUAAUUGUUCUUCUGUUGGUACCAACAAGUUACAGUGUCAUUUAUUAUGUAAUGAUGGCGCGGUCUUCCUGGAAGAACCAAUUGUCUAUACCUGUGAGGAAGGAGUGUGGAGUCCUGGAAUAGUUACUAAACCUUGUACCAAAAUUGUAUCUCCCAGAAAAUUGGAAAUAUCCAAUCGAGUCACAUACAAUUAUACUGACUGCUACAAACUAGAAGUAGAUACAUUUAUUUAUAACAUCCAAAAUGAAGUGGAUUGUAUUAAAGAUGGCAGCUGUAAUUAUGACAUAAUAUUACCCAAGUGCCAAGUCAAUCAUAGAAUUAGACGUAACACUAUUGAUGGUGUUGUUAUUGAAGUCAAACUUUGGAGAGAUCUACCCGAGAGUGAACUUGAUAUCACCAGUUUAAGUCAAAAUAAUACAGUAACUGGACAGCUGAAAGUUGUAACUGAUAUAUUGUUAGAAUUAGAGAGUUCUGGUAAUAAAUUAAAGAAUAAUAUUAGCCUGGUAGUUGGUAAUGGUGAUGGUAAUUAUAUUGAACCAGCGACUGUGGAUGUAACGGGGUCUGUAAUAUGUCCCGUUGGUUCUGUUACAACCCAUGGUAUAUGUGUAAUUUGCCCAGUUGGAACUUCUGCUGUUGAUAACAAGUGUGUCAAGUGCAGUAAAGGAUUUUAUCAAGACGUCGCUGGACAAACAAGUUGUAAAUCAUGUCCAGUUGGCUAUAUCACCGAAUACGCAGGAACCAUAGCAAGCGCCAUGUGUUCUGUGAAAAUAAAUGCAGUAUAAAAUGAUUACGAAGACGAACAGUAUGGAAAAUCACAAUUUUAAAUCAUGACAAAUAAUUUUAUAUCUAUAUAUUUACAAUUAUAUAUAUUUACAAUAUCCCAAAUAACCAGGACCAGACAGGCCUUACUAAUCAUAAAUUGAUUUUCAUGAAUUUAGGGUAUAUUACAUCGGGUUUGAUUUAUCUUAAUAGUGAAAAAGUUAGUUCCUAAAUAUACCCCCCGGCAUGUAACACCCAUUUGGCCCUAAUUUAUUUAAAAUUUUAUUUUCAUUUAUUCUCCCAGGUCAUAAAGUGUCCAGCACCAUACAAAAAAUAAUCCUACGCUCGUUUGAUUUGCGUCGUGCUUUCUAAAUAUAAUUACAAGUUACCGACUUCAAAAUAUCACUUGCCAGAUGACAAAAUGUGUUGAAAACAAGACCCAUAGGUCGUUUGGUUUUUAUUUUGUUUAAUUCGAUCAGUGAUUUAAUAUACUAUUAAAAUAGCCUUUUUAUAUUUUUUUGAUUUUUCUAGAUGUGAAUAUUAAUCUGUUUUUAUAUUUAAAUUAAAGCAAAUUAGAACAUAAAAAGGUUUUAUUAUA